AUGGACUACCUUUCCAAGAUCUCAUUUCCCUAUUAUCAGAUCCCACAUACAAAUGUUCUGCUUAAUAAAUUGUUUUUCACCAAUCAGGAUGAUUCAGAGACUAUAAGGAUUUCUCUUCUGGAAAAUAAGCUGGUGGGAGAGAUCUGUCAUCAGGGUUCGAAGGGUAAAGAUCCCACCAGCUACAUUGAAAAUGUCGACGGAGACGACAAAUAUAGCUUCCCAUUGCUUAUAAAGGUUGAUUCCAAGUUUAACAAGUUUAAGCUUCAUGUAUCAAUUAAACCGACCUCGGGGUUUCGCGACAGGAAUUUGUUGAUAGUUAAAUCCACGGGAGUUGAAAAUGUAUCUGCAAUGCGUGAACUAGCGAGUGAUGCAAUUGGGUCAACUGUUGAUGUUUCAAAAUUAUUGUGCAAAAGUUUACCAAUCGAAGACGGCGUACCUGAGUUUCAAAAGUUAAUAAUCAAUGAUUCUUUUGACUCAAAGACAAUGAAUGAUAAGAGGGUUUCUGUAUCCCUAUGGGACCAUGAUCCCAAUUCGGACGAAUACAAUUACCUUCUACAUUUUAGUGUAUGGAUAGACAAGACUAUUCCUGAAGAAAGCAGGGAAAAUAAGACAAAAUCUUUUGAGGUAAAGCAUGAACCCAAAAGUUACAGUUUGGGUGAUUUUAGGCGAGAGUUUUGUUUCAGUAUCGAAGACGGCCCAGAAUUCAGAAAACAUUUAAGCAGCUUAGAGGAGUCUGUUCCCAAAAUGCGUGGACACUACUUGACUUUAAUAGAGGACUUCCGAGUUUUGGAGUCAAGCGUUCGACGAUUAACUAGUUCCAAAACGAAAAUAAUAGAGGGAAUCAACCGUAUAAUAAGCUUAAACUCACAUCUUGUUGAUGCAUUUGGAUUUAAACGAGAGUUUCAACACACCUUUCUUCGUUUAUUUGACCCAUUUGAGAAAAACAUCAACUUCUUCUUUGAUCUGGUUUGUGACAAUAAGGCUCUCACCAAGAUUAUGGACAAUAUACCUUUACCCCAACUAGAAACGACGAGCCAAUCUGAACUACUACAAAUGAAAAAACAAUUUGAAGCAGACUCCAAGGAAUACUAUGCGUGGAUGAAUAAGUAUCUAGCGAACGAGAAAGAGAGACCAGAUUCCAAACUAUUGUCCAAAAGAAAAAAGUUCGAAUUAUCAAAGUUUGACUAUUUAAACCAGCUCAGCAAAGUCACCAACAACCAAUAUGCCAACAAUUUAGCAGAAAGACUUUUUAAAUUUGUAAACUUACCUUACAACGAAUCGCAUCCAAAGUUGCUAAAUUUCAAAAUGUUUUCAGAUAGCGCGAACUUUGACCUAAUUGAAACCAACUACCAAAUCUAUUUGUUUGCAUUGACUAGAUUCAACAGUGAAAAAUACCAAUUAAGACAGAAGAUUGAAGCUUGCCAAUCCAAUGAGGAGUUGACUACCUUGAUACGAAACAAUAAUCUAAGUUAUUCUGGCUCAAAAAACUCUACUGACUCCAAUGACAGGAAUAUUGACGAGUUUGUGGUCACAAAGGAGAAUUUUGACCUAAUAUUUUCCGAUGUUCAUCCACCAAGUGAGUCCCACUCCAGUGAUUCAGAUAUAUCAGGUAUUCUUUUUGCCCUCAGUGGUCAAAAGAAUUCAGGCUGGCAUAAAGAAUGGGUUGUUCUUAAAGAUGGACAGUUGACAGAGUAUUCAGAUUGGCGUAAAGGAAAGUCGCCGAUAAGUGACCCAAUUGAAAUAGCAUUGUCUAGUGUGAAAGCUGUGAAUCACUACAAGAGACAAUACUGCUUUGAGAUUUUGACUUCGUCAGGAGCAAAACAUGUCUUUCAAGCUUUUGACAAUGAUGAUAGGAAUAAAUGGGUUAGGGCACUCCAUAAUGCUGGUCAGCUAGUCGAUACGAAGCGAUUGGAGCAGAGGUUCGGUACUACGCACAAAAAAGGAAAAAAGAACUUGGGCAAAGUGUUAACAGAUUUUACUACAAAACCAGUUGUUCCUGGUAAUAGCUACGACAAAAGUGUCUCGCCAGUAUCUAUCGUCUCCAAAGACCCCUUUUCCGAGAAUUCGUACUUGAACUUUGUAAGAUCAAUACCCGAUAGUGAUAAUGAUAUGUGUGUUGAUUGCAAACUGACAGAGCUGGUGGAAUGGGUUUCGAUUAAUUCGUUAAUUUGCAUGUGCGUGAAUUGUGCUUCGUGUCACCGUAAUAUAGGAUCACACAUUAGCAAAGUCAGAUCAUUGACUCUAGAUAAUUUUUCAAAGGAAACUGAGAUGUUAUUAAGGUUUGUCAAUAAUCGUCAGAUUAAUGCAUUUAUGGAAGAGAAUUUAACAGCUCCUCGUAUUCACGCGGGUACUGAUCAUGAAACUAGAUUGCACUUUAUUCGAAACAAGUAUGUUAAGAAAAAAUAUUCAGCGGUGUUGCCAGAUGUGAAUAACUUGUUGAUCAAAUCGAUACAACAAAUUCAAGUACAAGGUGAAAUAAAAGCAAUAUUAUGUGGUGCUGAUGUAAACCUGAACAUUCAAAUUAAAUCUUCAAAUCACAAUGAAAACACAGUGGUUUCCAUAUUUGAGUACAGUUUACGAAAAUUUAUUGAGGUUGAUACCGAUAAUGCCAAACAGAAAUGUUUCAUUCUUUCUGAACUUUUAGUGUUGAAUGGCUGUACCAAUUUUGGAGGAGUUAAAGUUGCGGAUACCAGUGUUGGCUUAUCUGAGGAGGCUUGUGAUUAUUGGAGACAUAAAAGUGUCAUUUUGAAUGGCUCUUCUUAG